AUGAGGGCAGAGAACCAGAGAAGCAAGUCCAAGUUCUUUCUCGUGCACUCCCUUAUUGGGUGGGAGCAACAGGGUGUGUUUUUCAUCCUGUUCCUGGGCAUGUAUCUGACCCCAGUUCUGGCCCUGUUCAUCACGCUGGACUCUCACCUCCUAUAUAUUCCUAUGUAUUUCUUCCUCAGCCACUUGGCCCUCAUGGAUGUCUCCUUUUCAUCUGUCACCAUUCCUAAGAUGCUGAUAAAUAUGUAUAUUCCAGAAGAAUCCAUUCCCUAUGCUUGGUGCAUUUCACAAAUGUAUUUCUUCAUCAAUUUUAGUUGUAGUAGCUUUCUUCUCACAGUGAUGGCAUAUUACAGGUGUGUGGCCAUCUAUCACCCUCUUAAUUAUACCACCAUCAUGAGGGAUGAGCUUUGUAUCACCCUAGUGGCUAGGUCCUCAUUUUUCUCUUAUACCCAUGCUCUGUUGCACGCCUUCUUCAUGGAGCAGUUCAUGAGGAGGGAGAACCAUAGCAGCGUGUCUGAGUUCCUCCUCCUGGGGCUCCCCAUCUGGCCAGAGCAGCAGGCCGUGUUCUUCGCCCUGUUCCUGGGCAUGUACCUGAUCACGGUGCUGGGGAACCUGCUCAUCAUCCUGCUCAUCAGGCUGGACUCCCGCCUCCACACCCCCAUGUACUUCUUCCUCAGCCACUUGGCCUUCACUGAUGUCUCUUUCUCUUCUGUCACUGUCCCAAAGAUGCUGAUGAACAUGCAGACUGAGCACCUAUCAAUCUCCUAUCCAGGAUGUAUUUCACAGAUGUAUUUUUAUAUACUUUUCGGUUGUGUUGAUAAUCUCCUUCUUGCAGUGAUGGCAUAUGACAGGUAUGUAGCCAUCUGUCAUCCUCUAUACUACACCACCAUCAUGAAGGAGGAUCUGUGUGUGCUGCUGGUGGCUGGCUCCUGGAUUCUCUCCUGUGGCAGUGCCCUCUUACACACCCUCCUCCUGACCCAGGUGUCCUUCUGUGCUGACAACAUCAUCCCCCACUUUUUCUGUAGCCUCCCCAUCCUACUCAGGCUGUCCUGUUCAAACACCUCUCUUAAUGAGCUGGUCAUAUUUACUGCAGGGGCUGCAGUUGUCAUUUUCCCGUUGACUGGCAUCCUGGUCUCUUAUGGACGCAUUGGGGCUUCUAUUCUGAAGGUGCCCACUACCAAAGGUAUCUGCAAAGCCUCGUCCACCUGUGGCUCCCACCUAUCUGUAGUGUCUCUAUUCUAUGGAACAAUUAUGGCACUGUACUUUUCUCCCGCAUCGAGCAACUCCAAUGACAAUGACAUGAUUGCCUCACUGAUGUAUACAGUGGUCACCCCCAUGUUGAACCCCUUCAUCUACAGCCUAAGGAACAGAGACAUGAAAUUGGCUCUGGAGAUUCUUUUCAGAAACAACAUUGUUUUCACCAAGUGA